CGUCAUCCUUGAUGCAUUGUAGCUGGCCAGGCCGAGCAAAGAUGGUGGACGCAGGGAGGUGUCUACUCCACAACAAGUAACUUUAAGAGCAACAACGUCUGCUAUCCAGCACGGUACACGUUAGUUCUUGGUGCCUUAAUUCGGGAACGUUUAUUUAAGUGAAAUGGAUGAUGUGGUGAUCGAAGACGUUCAUGACGAAGGUUCGCCUUAUCGGCCGGAGAAGGUGCCGCUUGCAAACCAGGAUGUGACUUCCCUAGCUCUCACUGUAGGGGAGCUCUUGAGCCAGUAUGGCUGGUACCUGCUGGCUGUGACUGUGGUGACCUACCUGCUGGUCCAGCAUCUGAGCAAGAGGAGAUCCGCCCAGAGAGGACGCAGCUCUGAUCCACAAACGCCACAAGAUGCUGUAUUAGUGGCAAAAAGACAAGAGGCCAUGGAAGCUGCCCGGAGAAAGAUGCAAGAGGAGCUUGAUGCCAAAGCAGCGGUCUUUAGAGAGAAACAGAAACAGCAAGAAGAAGAGAAGAGGAGGCAGAAAAUAGAGGAAUGGGAGAGUAUGCAGCAGGGAAAGAGUUACAAAGGAGCUGCCAAAUUUUCUCAGAGCACUGAAGAAGCCAGCUCAUCAUCAGUGCUGAAACCAAAGACGGACAAGAAGCCACUUCGCAGUGCAGACUACAAUCCCCUGACUGGACAGGGAGGAGGCUCCUGCUCCUUCAGAUCUGGCAGAAGAGGGCCGUCAUCUGGUGGAUGAGGCUAAAGAAGGUUAGAGACAAAGGUCGUUGGGACCUUUGACCUCUAACAGCAUGACAGCACACUGCCUGAGUGAACCAAGCUGAUGAUGUCACUAAGCUAUCGGACCAUAAGGAGAUAUUCAACAACAAGUGUAGUGGAGUAGAAUCCCUGACUCCACUUCUGAUUGGUAAAUGCUUUGUACAUUUGAAAGCUUGUCAUGAAGUCAUUCCUGUAAAUGGUAUAUAACCAGGAGGUUUGGCUGAUGAAUUUCACAGUCAGUGUUUAUUUUAAAUAUUGUUAUUAAGUUCAUCAAUGUGUGCCACAAUAGCUUCAGAGUUUAUAUUACUGCAGCAUCUGUAGCAGGUGGACGAUUUCAAUUAUAAGAAUUAGCACAUGGAUGAUUGUAGUUAAAAUGAUUUGAUAUAUUGUAAAUUAUGGUGGCUAUGUCUGUUGUUACGCAUAUUUUAUGCAAUAAAGAUCAUCACCAGGAGUUUUAAAUUGUCCAGCUGGGAAACUGAAAGCAACUGAAAUCAGUGUAAAGGUACAUGCAGCUCUUAAUAAAACUUCCUAAACUUUA